GGCGAACCAGGCAGGCCAACUUGCAGAGUGCAGCUCAGCCUCGACAGCGGCUGCUUCCAACAGGGGGGUCCUCGGAGAGCAUCGCACUCCCAUGUGCGCUUCUGUGCCCGCUGGAUGUUGAAAUCGCGCCGUGCGCCUCGCCAGGAGCCACCAUGUCCAACCCAACUCACGACCCGUUCUACUCUUCUCCGUUCGGACCUUUCUACAGGAGACACUCGCCCUACAUGGUUCAGCCCGAGUAUCGGAUCUACGAGAUGAACAAGCGGCUGCAGGCGCGCACAGAGGAAAGUGACAGUUUGUGGUGGGAUGCCUUCGCUACUGAGUUUUUUGAGGAAGACGCCACCCUUACGCUGUCCUUCUGCCUCGAAGAUGGACCAAAAAGAUACACAAUCGGCCGCACGCUGAUACCCCGUUAUUUCAGCACGGUGUAUGAGGGUGGCGUCACUGAGCUCCACUACAUCCUCAAACACUCUAAGGAGUCCUUCCACAAUUCCUGCAUCACCCUGGACUGUGAUCAGUGCACCAUGGUCACCCAGCACGGGAAGCCAAUGUUUACAAAGGUUUGUACAGAGGGUCGUUUGAUACUGGAGUUUGCCUUCGAUGAUCUGAUGAGGAUCAAGACGUGGCACUUUACCAUCCGGCAGUACAGAGAGCUCAUCCCCCGCAGCAUCCUGGCCAUGCACGCACAAGAUCCUCAGGUGCUGGAACAACUGUCCAAAAACAUCACUCGCAUGGGUUUGACCAACUUCACCCUCAACUACCUCAGGCUUUGUGUCAUCCUGGAGCCCAUGCAGGAGCUCAUGUCAAGGCACAAGACCUACAACCUUAGCCCCCGGGACUGUCUCAAGACAUGUCUAUUCCAAAAGUGGCAGAGAAUGGUAGCCCCACCAGCUGGACACCCACAGAACUUCAAAACGGAAAUAUUUCCCACAAAUCACAAAAAAGCUGGUCGCGCCAAAGCUGAGCCUGCCCGACAGACAACCACGAAGAGGAGGAAACGGAAGAACUCGGCCAGCAGCGCCAACAGCAGCGUGGGCACCACGGGCAGCAAGAAACGCAGUCCCGCCACCAACUUCAGCCUCUCCAGUCAGGUACCUGACGUGAUGGUGGUUGGCGAGCCGACCCUGAUGGGCGGCGAGUUCGGGGACGAGGAUGAGCGUCUGAUCACUCGUCUGGAGAACACGCAGUACGACGCCACCAAUGGCCUGGAUGAUGAGGAUGACUUCAACAGCUCCCCGGCUCUGGGGAACAACGCCCCCUGGAGCAGCAAACCCCCCACCACCCAGGACAGCAAGCCAGAGAGCACAGCACCACAACCCUCACAGUAAACACGCGCAGGAGCAGAACAAACAAGAACCAGACCAUUGCAUCCAUGUGGACUAGACUUUCAGACCUCUCCCCUCCUCUCUGGAGGGCACUUCUUUUACAACAUUAUACUGAAUCAGAAGCCCUGUGUACAAACUCAUUGUUGGCCCGUCUAGCCAAAAUAUGUCCGUCUGGGAUAUUUUCUUCUUCUCUGGGUCAUUGUAACACCAAGGAGAACACUGGGAACUCGCCCAACUGCUCAGCAGUGUCUACAGACAACAAAUGCAUACAAGUCGUAUGUAAACUAAUGUAAAAAACAGCAAAGCAGAAGGGGGACUUUUGUUCUUUAAUGAAUGCAGUGGAAAAUUACAGAUCAAAUUCUUCUUUGUGAACCUUCUGAUACCUGAAGCAAACCUCUUGUCUGGAGGAAUACCUCAGCUGUGAUAGGUUGACCUGCGGGUCACAAGUCAUCACUUUGACUGAGGACAGUUGGAAGGGGGGAAAAAAGAGUAAAAACAACAAACAAAAUGUCUGUGAAAUAGGACGGUGGUUCAGGACAGCAAGCAAAACCCAUGGAAGGCUCUUCCCAUGAAUGAAACCUUAGAAGCAAUUGCUUUUUAUUGGAAAUUCAGUCGGCCGUUGGUUUGUUUCUAUUGUCGCUCCAGUUUCAUUUCCAAUUAAGUAGAAAUGAAAAGUUCCCUACCAGUAUGGGCUUUUGUUUUAAACGAGGGAAACUCUUGCCAUCUUCACACGACUGCAGUCUUCACAGAUUGUGAUUCCACGCAAGCCAAUUUGAUUGUAUUCGUACCCUAAUGCUAUUUUGCUUCUUUCACAACCCUUUUUCAGUCACAUUGUAAUUUCCCUGAUCAGUAUGUGAAUUUCGUCAACAGACAUCACUGCAUUGGUUUUAUUUUACGUUUUUCUUCUUCCUGGAAAAUUUGACUUCUCUCCCUUUAAUGACCUACUCCCAAACUGAUUAAAACAUUUUCCUGCAUGGUUUUGUAUGAAUUUCAUUUGGUUUGAUAAAUGUGCUUUUUAAAACUCAUCAGUCGGAUUCUCUUUUUGUAUUCAUCAGUUUGGGAACACUGUAACAAGGUUUGUAGCUCUGUAAAUAGAGGUGGAAUCUCUUUUGUCCACUGUAAAUCAACCACUGAGAGCAGUUUGGAAAUGGCAGCUGUUUUGUUUUGUACCAGAGGUUCUGAUUUCUGUGGGGUGGUUGAGGAUGUGAUGGUCCCUGUCCUCUCUAGCUAGUGCAGAACCAAAGCCACAAAGGUAAAUAAAAACAUUCAACUGAUCAUAUUUAUUCAGUACCUUGUGACAAACUGUAAUAAGAAGCUAAUUUUAUAUUAAAAAAUGAGAUACAAUCCCAUCCACCCAACAGAAAUGCUUUAAGAUCCCUGACUUUGUGUUCACGAUUGUUCUUUAAUCCUUAUUUGAAUUUAUACUUAGGUAUACCCCCAAUCUUUUUGUUAAAAUGUUGUUAAAAAAUGGACAAGAAGACAAUGACAGAUGUCUUUAUACAACUGGAUAUUGGGUAUUUAUUUGUGCAUUUGUAAGGAAGCUAACACAUUUCUAAAUAUGUUUGAGCCUAGUAUUAUUAGACACCAUUUGUACAUUAUAUAGCAGAGGUGUUCAGUGUCAUAUCUGAUGUCUGGUAUGUAUGCUUUACCAUUAUGUGUGCUAAUAAACCAUGCUUACAAAGAAGCUGAACUUGA